CAAUUUUGAAAUUGCGGCUUUCUUAUUGGUCUUAUGAAAAAAUUAUAAGAGACAAUUUUUUUAAAUACAAUUUUCAAUAACUUUUAUUUGAAAAAAUUUUUAUACGAUCGAUCCAAAAAUGGACGCAGGAAUGCUUUGUAACCGCGGAAACAACCAGCUGUACACAUUCGAGCAAGCUGUAGAGUCAGGCGCAAUAAAACUAGACAACCUAACAGCCUCAGAAGUGAUAGGCAUCAUAGAUUCAACCUACGCGUGUAUAGUAUCUUGGUUAGAAGGUCACAACCUCGCACAAACCGUAUUUACAAACCUGUACCUCCACCAGCCAGCUCAAAUCCUCGACAAGCCUUUGAAAACCUUCUGCUACGCAGUCUACCAAAUAAUCGAGAUAAUAAAAAAUUCUAUAAACCGCGCGAUGGUAUUUGAAGAAGAGGACUUCCAGAGCAUCACCUACGGCUACAAGCUGCACUUAGAAGUGACUGAGAGCAAGACAAUAUCAAUGUUGAAGGAAGUUGAAGAGGAGCUGCAUCGCAAGAGUAGGAUCAAGCCUGUUAACGAAGAAACCGAGAAAGAGUACAAUGAAGGCCUGGCGCUCUACGCCAGGAUAAGAUUCACCAAAAUGUUCUACUUAGCUCUGUCCAUGAUGGGCAAGAAGGACAACGUCACGCUAAAUUUGACCGACAUUCAGCGGCUGCUGUCUAAUUGCACGGACAUGAUCCAGGUGAUGAUUAAGACAGUCAGCAGAGGCAGCAAAGCUGAUGAAGUUUCGAAUCAUCCGACUAUCAUGGGGUUUGACCCAAUGGUGAACCAGCGGCUGCUGCCUCCGACGUUUCCGAGGUAUACUAAAAUAAAACCGAGGACCGAGGCGUUGGAGUACAUGGAGGAGCUGAUCAACAGAUUGAAAACCGUGACGAAGGUCACCAGCUGCUCGGGGUUCCACAGCGCGCUUGAUUUCUUUCUGGAGUUCUCGAGACAGAACCCAUGUAUUUUAUCCAGGUCGAUGCUCCAGAUAGUUUAUCUCCCUGGAGGCAACCGAGUCUUUGGUACGCACAAUUUUACGGACAUUCUCAAAGACGCGGCUAAGAAUUUUACAGCUCCGCCCGCGUUGCUGCCCAAGAGCACGUUGUUGCAAAAUCACCAGGCUAGAGAGUGCGUAGAGACAUUUUUCUAUCACUGUACGACGCUGUUCAAUAGUCUUUUGCAAUUGAGUGGUCACAACAGAGCGAGACAGAGAGACAAGUUAGCGCACAUGCUGGAAGAUUUCGCGACUUUGCAUGAUGAGGCGGAGCGGGUGGACCGGCAUCUUAAUACACUGUCAUUAAAAAAUGACACGUCCAGGUCGCACCUGGCUUGCUUCGGGACCUGGUUACUGUACCACACGGUUCGUGUGAUGGUCAUGUACCUGCUCAGCGGGUUUGAGUUGGAGCUAUACUCGGUCCACGAGUAUCACUACAUCUUCUGGUACCUGAAUCACUUUUUGUACGGGUGGCUGGUGUCUGCUCUCACUAGAGCUGACUCAUUUUUAAUGGAGCAGGAUAUUCACACCGAGAUGCACAAAGGACGGGGUGCUAAGAAGAGUGCUAAAAAUAAAAAAAAGAAAGUCACUCCUCGGCCGUAUAGUUUGGAGAUGCUCAUGUAUCAAGUGCUCCAGAAUAUUUGUGGUGGUUACUUCAAAGCUCUUGUUGGGUUAAGGAUGGAUGGCAAGAUUCCGUCGCCGGAAAAAGAGUUUGACUCGGAACGUGUUAGAUAUAAACAUAGAUUGUUAUCGCCUUUUUCGUCGUUAUUGCUACCGCCUGCUGCUAACUAUGAAAAGUUUUUAGAUCUCACUAAUACGCAUCCACAUAAAAAUAAUGAAAUAAUUACCAGCGAAUUGCAUUAUACAACAGCAUGUAGACAUUUUCAUCGCGCAAAAAACAUGCUUGACUAUGCUUUGUCGUUAUGCCAGGACAGAAAUUCAAGCACUGCUAAUGAGAUAAAUGAUUUAUUAAAAGUAACCAAGACAAAUUUCAUUGUUGUAAAACUGCUGGCUGAUGGUCAUAAAAAAGACUCCAAAGAACCUCCAAUCUUCGAUUUUUCUUGUCAUCAACAUUUUCCAAUCAUCAAGCUCGUCUUUUUAAUAAAUUUAUGUAAAUGUUUAUCGUUUUUAAAUGUUUUGCCAGUAAAAAAAGCUACAGCAAUAUUGUCUUUGCAAAAGACUAUUAAUAUGAGAGAAAUUGUAUCAAAGAAAAAAAAGAAGAAGACUGCUGUCAAUUUCUUUUUGAAACUAUAA